AUGGAUGAACAAGAAAUUCAUAUUCGUCAUUGUAUGCUUUACGAGUUUGAUCGAGGUUCAACAGCAGCUGAAGCAACAAGGAAUAUUCAUGCAGUAUAUAGUGAGGAAGCGGUCGGCAGUUCCACUUGUCGUCGAUGGUUUACCAAGUUCCGUUCGGAAGAUACCAGCUUGACGGGUAAACCCGGUUUCGGACGACCUGUAGAUUUUGAUGAUGAAGCGUUGCAAGCUUUGCUCGAUGCUGAUCCACGUCAAACAACACGCGAAUUAGCCGAACAGCUCAACUGUUCCCACACGACAGUGGAGUGUCACCUUCGUGCUCUUGGCAAGGUGCAUAAAUAUCUUGCCUGGAAUUCAUCAGAAUGUAUUCUUCGUGCUGAUGAUUAUCCUAAUCUACGCAUACUCAAUCUUAUUAACCUCGAGUUAAAACAAUCAUUACACCAUUUGAAUGGAACAUAA